AUCUGGUAUAGUGUGUAAAAAUCCAUCGGAAAACAAAGUGUAGAAUGAUUGCAUUCAAUAGCGUUGCAACUGGUAGCUACAAUGCUCGUUGGCAUAAACAUAUAGCAUCUAUUAAGGAGGAAGGUGAUAAAGUGGCAUUGAAACUCGCAAAUUUUCGUGUGAAUGGUGUGCACUGGACGAACACGCAAAAGGGCAAAUGUUAUAACUUAUAAUAUAAUUUCUUAAACAAACUGAUAAUAAAAAGUGAUACUCUGAGUUUAAUCUUUCCUUGUUUUGUUUUAAAGAAUACGUCAGUGAACCUCCUGAUGUGGAACAGGACAAAAAUAUAUUCAGUUUCGUUUAAGUGCAACGACAAACAGGUCGUGUGACAGGAUUUAAAUUCGAUCCAGUACGGCGGUGGUGUAAAAAAAAACACAGAUAUAUAAUGCUUACAAUGGGAACGAGAAAAGUGUAAUAAGAUUUUCUUGAAAGUAGUUGUGUUUACAUUGAAACGAAAAUACUACAAGAAUCGAUCAAUAAUCGAACAUGUCGCAGGCGAAACGCUAUGCUGUUUUGGAGGUGAUUUCUAAGAAACAGAUCCUGAAGGUGUGCCUUCGGUGUCUGGUUGCAAAUUUGUUAUUACUCCUUAAAUGGCUGUUUGAGUGCGUUAAGUGCCGGGUUCAUAAAACGACCAUUAUGCGUAAGGCAAUUGAGCAAGUCGAGUUCCCAAACAAGCAACCCAACUUUAUGGCAGAAACCAAGAUGGGACGACAUUCUUACGUGAAGCUCGAGAAUACUAAACUACAUUACAUCGAAGCCGGAAAUAGGAGCAAUUCGACGGUUCUUCUUCUGCAUGGAUUCCCAGAUUGUUGGAUAAGCUGGCGAAAUCAGAUUUCAGAACUUUCGCAGUACUUCCACGUAAUUGCACUCGAUUUGAAAGGAUUCAAUGAUUCUGAUAAACCUAUAUGGCGCUUUGAUUACACACCGAAUAAGAUAUGCGAGGACAUACGCAAAUUUCUGAUUGCCAUCAGUGCCAAGAGUGUAUCAAUUGUUGGUCACGAUUUAGGAGCAAUAAUUGGUUGGAUAUUUACUCAUACUAACCCUGAAAUGGUAGACAAGUUCGUUAGCGUUUCCACGCCUCAUCCAAAUCUUCUGUGGGAGAAUUUACCAUCGAGUUCAACGUUCAACAGAAGGUGGCUUGAAUUCAUCCAGUUACCUUACCUUCCAGAAAUUGAGAUGAAACAUAACGCUGAGCGUAUUCUUAAGAAAUGUUUCCCGCACAUCCAGAAAGAAAAAGUUUUCGUAACUGGUACUAAUGGGUCUGUGAUAAAUAAUUUGAUGGAUGCCUAUAAGUACAUCUUUAGUCGAAUCGAUGAUUGGCGAGGUCCUCUCAACUACUAUCGAAACUUUAUGUUCUAUCGGGUAAAGGAUGCCGAAACUUUGCAGUGUCCCUGUUUGAUCAUAACGGGUAGUGAUGAUCGCUUCUAUAAAUUGGAAUCUGUGGUAAAAAGUUCCGAGUUUUGUGAAAAUUUCGUUAUUAAAAUUAUUGAGCAAUCUGGAAGAGCACCGCAUCAAGAAAUGGCAACUGAAUUCAAUAGUACUUUACUGAAAUUCUUGAUAGGCAAGCGUACGCUAACGCGGCCUUCCGAAAACAUCAUUCCAACACCGACCCGUGGAUUGGUAGGAAGAGUCUUCGGAGGAUUUGGUGUUGUGGCUAAUAACACGGUAAAACUAGGAAACAAUUUAAAGGACGGAUACUCGUUUGCAAGUGCUCUGAAUAACGUACCAAAUUUCAUGGUGAAAAGUUAAUAUACUUAUUUAAACUUACGUUACGAAAUGGUUAAUUUGCAUUUCUAAGAGCAAGUUUAAUAAUUGUGUUUAUGCUUUGUCUUAUGAGUUCAAGACAAAAGUUGAAAAGCAGAAACAAGUGAGAUAAAUAAUUAAUUAAGAUGUCUUUUUGGUUCAAAUAAACAAAAAAAAUAACUGGUUAUAAA